AUGUCUCUUCCGUCGACCAAGCCCGCUCAGCUCUCCAUCCGCUCGUUCUUCCAGCCCAAGAGUCCUCAAUACGCCCCGCCACCUUCGAAGAUCGCCAAUUCCCCAGCACCAGCACCGCCUCCACCAACAGCUGCUGUUCCUCCUCCGACCGCCGCUCCCCCAACAGCGAUACCUCCCCCAAAACAACAACAAGACAAGGCGGAGAUCCUCCCUGUGCGCAUCCCGGCUGCCACCUUCACCAUCCCGCCGCUCCCCGCGUCGCUACCCCGCGAGGCCGGCAUCCGGCCCGUCACACGCGACGACCUGAACGCCAUGCGCCGCAUCAACGCCCUGCUGCUUCCCGUCAGCUAUUCGGACACCUUCUACCAGCGCGCCGCCGACCCUGCCACCUCGGGCCCCUUCUCCCGCGUCAUCACCUGGGAGCAUGAUGGCUGCGAGCCCAAGGUUAUUGGCGGCGUCGUCUGCCAGCUCGAGCCCGACUUCGAAGCCGCCAAGGCCGGCAUGGACGAAAUCCCCAAGAAUAUCUACAUCCAGUCGAUCUGCCUGCUCUCGCCCUACCGCUCCUUGGGGCUUGCCAUCGCUGCCGUGGAUAAUAUUGUUGCCACCGCUGUGGCCGACCCGGACCUGCAUGUCAAAUCGUUGACCGCGCACGUGUGGACCGACAACGAGGAAGGUCUGAAAUGGUACGAAGCACGAGGCUUCCAGCGUGAAGAGCAGCCUAUCCGCGGCUACUACAUGAAGCUCCGGCCCGACUCCGCCUGGCUCGUCCGCCGCCCUAUCGCCGCCUCUGUCCGGAACUCCCUGCCCUCCAAGUCCGAGUCUCCCCAAGAGACCACCAUCCUGCCCAGCACCACCGCCGCAGUCCUCAACCUGCCUCCCAUGUCUGGCCCACCCAGGGCCCCAGGCGCGCCCCCACUGCGACACGGCCAGUCCUUCCAGAACCAGCGCGCCGACACCGAAUGGAACGACCUUCCCGAGGACAUGGCUACCGGGCGCCUUACGGCCCCGCCCCGCAUGAACACGAGCGAGACCGGAUCCGCCGGGAGCUCGAGAAGCAGUUCCACGGUGCGCAAGAAGCGGGAUCGCUCUUACCCGGCCGCGGCGUUUGGGAAAUAG